CUUUCGGUAACUCUUCAAUGUGGAAUUUUAAGAGCAGUGAUGGAAUAAUUUUUUUUUUCUUUCUAUCAAUGAUUGAUUUGAUUUUGAGGUCAUCAUAGUUGAUUGUAGUUUUUCAUCGUGGAAAGAGGAACUGAAGGUUGUUUAGAGCAGGGAUGAGCGAGACUUUUGGAUGAGGAUGAAAGAAGAACCUUAGAAAGUUUGGCUGAAAGAGGAGAAAAAUAAAAAUCCCUGGUUUUGUUUUUGUUAGCAUAAUCUGUUCUUGAUGGAAGUAAAAUAAAAUGCUUUGGUUUAUCGCUUAUAACCCAAGAGCUCACAGCUUUAUUCCUAGCAGCAAGAUUAAGUUGUAGCACCUUUAUAGAGGCUAACGUUCACACCGUGCUAGAUCUUAUAUCUCUUAUGUCAACAUUAUUGGUUAUAUGGAUGAUGAGAUUCAAGUUAAAGUCAUCCUAUAUCAAGGACCUUGACAACCUGCGACUAUACUUUGUGGUGGUUCCUGUUGCAAUCCUUGCGAUACUAAUCCACCCUUUUAUAUUUUCUUGGAGUUUAUUUCUUCGAAUUAUUUGGGCAUUCAGCUUGUAUUUGGAAGCUGUUUCUAUUCUACCCCAACUUCGUUUUAUGCAGAACGCAAAGAUGAUUGAAACAUUUACAGGGUAUUAUGUAUUCGCCCUCGGUAUUUCAAGAUUCAUGGGACUGGCUUAUUGGAUAAUUCAGAUGUAUGAGACUGGAGGGGGACGAUUCUAUUGGGGUGGGGGUAACUAUUUCUGGUUCUUGGCAUCUUUCAUUGCUGAAAUGGUUCAAUCCUUCAUCUUGGCUGACUUUUGUUAUUAUUACAUGAAGAGCUUCAUGCAAGGACAACUUUUGAGGAAAAUGCCUGUUUAAGGAUCAAAACUCGUUCUAUAUAUUAAAAAAGAAAAUCAUGACUUAUUUGAUGUACAAUGUUUUUGAAUAAGCAUACAAUAACGUUGUUCAAGGUUGGUCAUUUUAGUCUAGGUUCUUCCUCCUUUUAUUUGAUCGACAUAUAUUCUAUAAACAUGCAAUUCAUCUAUACUAUACAUUUCAAAAUGGAAUAUUGGCAGUGUGCAACACUUCGAGCA